AUCCCUUCCAGGACAAUGAGGGGUGGGACAAAAUUGUGUAUUUAAAAUCUCCGUAGGCUUGAUAUUGCGCAUGAAUCAGGAACAGAGCAAAGUUGGGUUCCUAGGCAUUCUAAGUAGGAUACUUUAUCGAGAUGGAGAUAUUAGCUGUUUGAGAAGGUAUUUAAUUGUGUUAGUUAAGUUCUUUAUUAAAAGCAGAAGACUGACGUCUAGUAGCCUAUGUUCCAGGCUCGAGUUUCGUGUUUUCGGUUUAUCAGUGGAAGAUUUUAGCCGGAGAUACAGGGUCAUUGUGUUGCCCUUCAGACGAUACAAAUAUGUUCAACUUGGACGGACUAUAUCUCGGACAUAAGGAUCGCUAAUUUUUCAGCAGAUAUUUUGGAUUUUCGGUUUAGAAUCGUUUUUAUUGGAUGUGUGACAUAGUUUUAAGAGACCGAAAAGGUUGAGGAGCAGUCGGUGUAGUGGCUGAUCAGCAUCGAAAGGGGAAAGGAUGUGGUGAGAUUUUAGGGUUGAACAUUUGGAACUAAAAGCGUUCACUGAACUCAAACGUUGACACACGAUUGAAGACGUAUCUAAUACAUGACUUUUGGGUGUCUUUUAAUACUUUAAAAUACACAUUUCGUUUUUAAUAUGGGACAAACGUGCUGCAUUUCCAUGGUACACCAUUUGGCUUCCGCGUGAAAAGCAAGAGGAAAGAGAGCUGCACGUAGAAGGGAAAAACAGAGAUGCGGGGUGCUGCAAUGCUCACAGUGCUGCUAUCUGGGAUGUGCCUGUGGACCUCCACCGCUCAUGCAGGCCCUGACGACAGCACCAACCUUCUGUGUACAUGUGAGAACAACAAGGGGACAUGUAGGAACGGCACCUGUAGAGGUGCCUACUGCUUCUACACCAAGGUGCAUGGCAGAGAGGAGAGGGGCUGCUUCCACAAGGACCACUACAAGGAACAGUGUUCCACCAACUUCCUGGGACUGUAUGUCCUCUGCUGCUCCAACAACCUCUGUAAUGUCAACAGCUCCGCUCCACCAGACCCAGCAGGUGAGCCUACGAGGGAGGGGAACGGUGUGAUUCUUCUGGUGGCUGUCCCCCUGCUGCUGCUGCUGAUCCUCACUGUGGGUGUGUGUGGCCUGGUGUCGUGGCUCUGCUCCAGAUCACAGCACCACAGGUUUGGCUACAACAAGGACCAUGACGUCACCUUACUCAAGGUCCCCAGUGUGGCAGAUCCCACCUAUGGUGAUGUCUUUGAUGAGUUCUGUACCUCAGGCAGUGGGACUGGUCUGCCAUACCUGGUACAGAGGACCAUGGCACGACAGAUCUCUCUGCUCGGGUGCAUCGGUAAGGGCAGGUAUGGAGAGGUGUGGAGAGGCACCUGGAUGGGAGAGAGUGUUGCCGUGAAGAUCUUCUCCUCCAGGGAUGAGCAGUCUUGGUUCAGGGAGACAGAGAUUUACAACACUGUACAGCUCAGACAUGACAACAUCCUGGGCUUCAUAGCAUCUGACAUGACGUCUCAGAACUCCACUACUCAGCUGUGGCUGAUCACCCACUUCCACCAGCUGGGUAGUCUCUACGACUUCCUCCAGUACAGCAGCGUGGACCCAGAGGGCUGCCUAAGGAUGUGCCUGUCUGUAGCCUGUGGUCUGGUCCACCUUCACACAGAGAUACUCAGCUGCCAGGGAAAACCCGCCAUCGCCCACCGAGACCUGAAGAGCCGGAACAUCCUGGUCAAGAUGAACGGACAGUGCUGCAUCGCUGACCUGGGUCUGGCUGUGAUGCAUUCCCAGACCAGUGACUAUCUGGAUGUGGGGAACAACCCCAGAGUGGGAACCAAACGUUACAUGGCCCCGGAGGUCCUGGACGAGAGCAUCCGCAUGGACAUCUUUGAGUCGUACAAGCAGACAGACAUCUGGGCCCUGGGCCUAGUCCUCUGGGAGAUUUCCACAAGGACCAUAGUAAACGGGAUAGUGGAAGAGUACCGUCCGCCCUUCUUUGACAUGGUGCCCUCUGACCCCAGCUUUGAGGAGAUGAAGAAGGUGGUGUGUUUGGACAAGCAAAGACCCAGUAUGCACAACAGGCUGCACUCUCACCCGAUCCUGUCUUCCAUUACCAAGAUAAUGAAGGAGUGUUGGUUCCAGAGCCCUCCAGCCCGCCUAACAGCUCUCCGUGUCAGGAAGACCCUCUCCAAGCUGGACCAGGACCAUGGCUACCCCACAGAGAAACUCAAAAUGGAUCUGCAGGCCUCAACUCCAGACUACAAGCAGGACGUCUAGACCUUAACAUAAGACUACAACCAGCACACCAACAGUAGGGCUGAUAGUCUUGUAUAGAGACUAUCUAUAUCCUUUGCUACUAUGUAAGACUCUCAGUGUCCCAUAUUUCUGGUGCCUCUUCCUAAAAGGCCCUCACCAACCUUCCGUAUACUGCCUGGAUCAUUUCAUCAGGAAUACGAAAAGGCCCUCACCAACCUUCCGUAUACUGCCUGGAUCAUUUCAUCAGGAAUACGAAAAGGCCCUCACCAACCUUCCGUAUACUGCCUGGAUCAUUUCAUCAGGAAUACGAAAAGGCCCUCACCAACCUUCCGUAUACUGCCUGGAUCAUUUCAUCAGGAAUACGAAAAGGCCCUCACCAACCUUCCGUAUACUGCCUGGAUCAUUUCAUCAGGAAUACGAAAAGGCCCUCACCAACCUUCCGUAUACUGCCUGGAUCAUUUCAUCAGGAAUACGAAAAGGCCCUCACCAACCUUCCGUAUACUGCCUGGAUCAUUUCAUCAGGAAUACGAAAAGGCCCUCACCAACCUUCCGUAUACUGCCUGGAUCAUUUCAUCAGGAAUACGAAAAGGCCCUCACCAACCUUCCGUAUACUGCCUGGAUCAUUUCAUCAGGAAUAAGAAAAGGCCCUCACCAACCUUCCGUAUACUGCCUGGAUCAUUUCAUCAGGAAUACGAAAAGGCCCUCACCAACCUUCCGUAUACUGCCUGGAUUAUUUCAUCAGGAAUACGAAAAGGCCCUCACCAACCUUCCGUAUACUGCCUGGAUCAUUUAAUCAGGAAUACAAAAAGGCCCUCACCAACCUUCCGUAUACUGCCUGGAUCAUUUCAUCAGGAAUACGAAAAGGCCCUCACCAACCUUCCUUAUACUGCCUGGAUCAUUUCAUCAGGAAUACGAAAAGGCCCUCACCAACCUUCCGUAUACUGCCUGGAUCAUUUCAUCAGGAAUACGAAAAGGCCCUCACCAACCUUCCGUAUACUGCCUGGAUCAUUUCAUCAGGAAUACGAAAAGGCCCUCACCAACCUUCCGUAUACUGCCUGGAUCAUUUCAUCAGGAAUACGAUAGAAGAAUUGUAUGUAUUUGCUUCGGCAUAUUCAUUUGGCGAGAUCUGGAAUGGGACAAGCAUAAGCAUCGACAAAUAAGGACUUGGAUUUUUGAAGAGUUUACUGAAAGGACUUCCAUGGGAACAUGGACAUAGUUUUCUCCAAGCGGCCCACAGGAUUGAGAGAUCAUCAGAGUUUGGUCCUUGUUAUAGCCUUAUCCUGUGAUACUUUGGGGAUGGACAUGCCGCCUUUGGAUCAAUGAGGCCUUGUGAUGUAUGAUCAGAAUGAUCAUUACAAGCGGCCGUUAAUGUCUUGCUAGUGCCUUAUUUGUUGUGAUGCACUAUACAGAGUCUAUACAUAUUCAUUGAUUUUGUAUAUCCUGGAAGCCUUUAGAGCUGACCAUAAACAGUACCCUGAUAAUGUGUUACUCAUGAUCAUAGUAUAAGCCCAGAGCUAAUGAAUUAGUUGUAUCUAGCGAUAGAAUAAUGUAUCUUUCACCAGCAUUGGAUUUACUGUAAAAGCUGCUCAACGUUAAAGUACCUAUGUAUAUUAUGAUAUUUAUGUAUUUCUAUUUGUAUAUCUGAAAUGAUAUAAAUUAAAAAACAUUACAUCGAUUACAGGGUAUUUAAUUUAUCCAUAGAUACAUGUUUAUUAACCUACUAAAAAUGGUUGAAAUGUGUUUGUAUGCUGCUCACCUCACUCUGAAAUGACAUUUGAAUUAGGCUACUAAAAGAUUAGUUGUUAUGCUGGUCGGGAAAAAGGGCCUAAUUGUCCACCAGAGGGCACCAGACACGAUAUAGAUCAUCUUUGACUCAAAUGAAUGAUCCCUUUGGUUCAGUGGAGUAGUCUUCAGCUAUGUUUUUCAGCAUUGGCCUACAAUCCAAAACAAUCAAAAAAUAUUCUCAAAAU